GGUCUCGCGCACGGUCCUUGCCAUUUGAAAAUAAAUUGACAGGUCGACGUGACAUUCGAAUAACUUGAAUAUCAGUACCCAAAUAAUUACAGCAAUGGCUUUGAGAAUGUUUAAAUCUGCAAAACAUUAAUUAUUCACGUAUUAACGUCAAAUCGAUGACUUCGGGCGCGGUUACGAGCGGUGAUCUGCAUACAUGGGUUAAAAAUUAGUUAGCUUCCAAUUUCGGGAUCCUGAAAAAGGCCAGAGAAGUCGGUUGCACAUUGUACAGUCGGCCUCCACCUGAAUACAUCAUUUCAUACAGUUUUCUUACCGCAAAUUUGGUCGAGAACCGAUUUGGGGAUUUGAAAGCAAUUGUAUUCGGUGUCGCAUAAAUUCCAUUCGUUACAGAAUACGCAAGGUACAUACGUGCUAUUUCGUAAAAAAAAUUCUAAACUGUGUUCACACCGUUUACUUUAGAGCGGGAAUGGGUUUGACAGACACAAGUUUUGAGUUGAUCUUGACCCUGUGGCGAGUUGUGGUCUUCGGCGUCGCGUGGCCUUUCAGCAGGUCCUUCGAGUUUGGGCUGCAGUUCCUCGCUGUCCCACGUUACCGUAGCAUCGCGAUCGUUGCGCAGUAGCUGCCCUUGCGACACCGAGGAGGAUCGUCAUGGCGUCGAGGGUAAUGAAAUCGCCUACUCCAGGUGACAUCGAUAUCGAACGGAGGGAAACUUGGUCGGGAAAAGUUGAUUUCCUUCUGUCCGUCAUCGGCUUUGCGGUAGAUCUCGCCAAUGUUUGGAGGUUUCCCUACCUUUGCUACAAAAAUGGAGGUGGAGCGUUUCUCGUCCCUUACUGCGUCAUGCUGGUCGUCGGUGGUAUUCCAUUAUUCUACAUGGAAUUGGCGUUGGGACAAUUCAAUAGAAAAGGAGCGAUUACUUGCUGGGGUCGUUUGGUACCGCUUCUGAAAGGAAUCGGUUACGCCGUUGCACUCAUAGCUUUUUACGUGGAUUUUUAUUACAACGUAAUAAUAGCCUGGGCUCUACGUUACUUCUUUGCUUCAUUUGCCGGCAUGUUGCCUUGGACAACUUGCGACAAUCCGUGGAACACUCCCAGGUGUCGUACCCUCGACGUUAAUACCACUUUUGUCGGUGGUUACGGUCUAGCUGAUGAUGAUUUUCGCGGAAAUUUAUCCCGAUACGCGUUCGGGGGAAUCAGAAAUAUCACCCUCAUGAAUGACUACGGCAAUGACUCCAAGUACACCAGCGCUGCUCAAGAAUAUUUCACCCGGGCGAUAUUAGAACUUCACGAAAGCGGAGGUCUUCAUGAUCUCGGGGCUGUGAAAUGGGACAUAGCGAUGUGUUUGCUGGUGGUUUACGUAAUAUGUUACUUUUCAUUGUGGAAGGGUAUUUCAACAUCUGGAAAAGUUGUAUGGUUCACGGCUCUUUUCCCAUACGCAGUCUUGUUAAUUCUAUUGGUCAGGGGAAUAACGUUACCAGGAAGUGCGGAGGGUAUAAAGUACUAUCUGAGUCCAAAUUUCUCGGCGAUAACAAAAGCUGAGGUUUGGGUCGACGCAGCAACGCAGGUAUUCUUCUCCCUUGGGCCGGGUUUUGGAGUCCUUUUGGCGUACGCGAGCUACAACAAGUAUCACAACAAUGUUUACAAGGACGCCAUUUUAACGAGUGUGAUAAACAGCGUGACAUCUUUCAUCGCUGGUUUCGUAAUAUUCUCGGUUCUGGGUUACAUGGCCCAUGCAAGUGGCAGGGAAAUAGAGGAUGUCGCGACGGAAGGUCCAGGUCUAGUUUUUAUCGUCUAUCCAGCGGCCAUCGCCACCAUGCCAGGAUCUAUUUUUUGGGCAUUGAUAUUCUUCAUGAUGCUCCUUACUCUGGGCCUCGAUAGUUCCUUCGGAGGAUCUGAAGCCAUAAUAACUGCCUUGAGUGACGAAUUUCCGCUGAUUGGUAACCACAGAGAAAUUUUCGUUGCUUGUUUAUUCACUCUCUACUUUCUCGUCGGCUUAGCCUCCUGUUCGCAGGGUGGGUUUUACUUCUUCCAUCUUCUCGACCGUUAUGCCGCUGGCUAUUCGAUGCUCUUCGCUGUACUUGCCGAGGCGAUAGCCGUCAGUUGGAUUUAUGGAACCGAUCGUUUUUGCGCGGAUAUAAAAGACAUGAUUGGCUUUUCUCCAGGAAUUUACUGGAGAGUUUGUUGGAAAUUUGUCGCACCAUUGUUUCUAAUGUUCAUUAUCGUCUACGGUUUGAUGGGUUACGAGCCCCUCACCUAUGAGGAUUACGUCUAUCCCUUAUGGGCGAAUAUUCUCGGAUGGAUAAUAGCUUCCUCUUCAAUAGCCAUGAUUCCUGGCGUCGCUAUUUACAAGCUUCUCACGACUCCAGGAACAUUUUUACAGAGAAUAAAAAUCUUAACAACGCCGUGGAGGGACACUCAACAAAAACAGAUGUCAAUAGCGACAACCAACGGAUCGGUUCGACGAAGUUCUAGCGUCUGUUUGCCCCCUGGAGAAGAACCUCCGAUGACCAAUGGACAAACAGACGUAACGAAAGAACAAACAGAAGUCAUCAUUCAAUCCUGUGAGUCCUUCAAUGGGGAUCCACCGCCUGAGCCGGUAUAGGACGACAGCGUCGUUAUUUUCACCGGCUCUAAGUUUCAGGUCUACCUCUGCUAAAAUAUAUCGCUAAUUCGCAAUUUUUAAUCCCUACCAUGCAUCGACCCACUAACUUAUCACCUGUAUAGCCAUCGCGUCGUGUACCAAGUGAUCGAAUGAAAAGGUUUAAAAUAUUUUUACCCGUAAUAUACAAGGUGAGGAAUGAUGGAGACUCGUACAGUUAUAUCCAUACGGAGAAAGUGAGUGAUUUCAUUAACGAUAUGAAUUUUCCAGCGAGUCGAAUCGCUUCGCGUGAAUAAAUUUUCAAAAUCAGUCUGCUAGUUCUUUACUGUAAAUAUUUUCUUGUCAAGCCAACUUUUUGUAGCUUCUAAAAAGAGCCAAAUUUCAGCCAACAUCUUCCGCACCUGAACCAAAUGAGAUCAAAGAUAUAGUAGAAUUGAUGAUGAUAAUAAUAAGAAUAAUAAGAAUAGGUAAAUAAAUAGUAUUAAUAAGCGCUUUAUUCAAAGUACAUUCUUCGAUUUCGAAGUUGAAUGUGUCUGAAAAGCAUACCUGUAGCAUAGAUUUAUUGACCUGUAGUACCUACAAUUGCAGUCUAACCACCCGCCUAAACGAAGUCUCAAUAAUAUUUCGCAUAAGCUAUAGUUGUGUAAUAAUAAACGCAUUUAAUUAUAAUUAGAGCUUAGCAAACCGUGUAUAAAUGCAAUACAGAUAAUACCCGCCAUUAGUACCCAGUAAUAUAUAUAUUAUAUAUAUUUAUGUAGACAUCUGUUAUAUUGUAUAGGUAUUUAAAUCUCAAAGUUCGUUUACAUCUAUAACGAAAAAAUCUAGACAAAUAGAAAGAACUGUGCAGAUUCGCGAUGGUAAAUCGAUAUAAUUCUCGUUUAGUUCUCCAUACUAUUAUUCGUAGGGUGUACUAAUAAUUUACUCUAGUUGGGAAGGAAACUUUUACGAGCGAAAUAUAAUUCAAAUAUAAAAUUAGAAAGUUAUCAUUAUAUUAUAACAAGUAAAUUAUCUGCGUUGUAAAAGUUAUGUUAUACAUAGUAGUUGAAGCUUUAAAUGAAUAAUAAUUCAGUUAUAGUGGUAGAAGUUAUUGAUUCGACAUUUUGUAAGAUACGUAGAAGGAAUAUGGUAACUACUUCUGAUGACCAGAUGGUUUUUUGAAGUAACCAAUCUAAUAGGUAAUGGCUUUAGUAGCGAAGUAGAUAGUCUGGAUAUUAUUCUAAGUAGAUUUUAAGAGACAAGAAGGUGGCGUAACUGUUGAAUCGAGUUGCCAUAGUGUUUCAAUAAAAAUAGUCAUGUGAUAAGGAUCACGCGAAAUUAAAAUUCAAUUUAUCUUUCGAAGGACCAAUUUCUGAUAGCCUCGUAAAACUAUUACCUAAUCAAGCAACAAGUUUUGAAGGCAGCUUUGACAGUUUUGAUGCUAGAAAUAUUUGUGAAAAUACUAAAUAUGUGUUCCACCAUUCAGUUAUGUCACCCAAGGUCUGCUGUAGCUAUGAUUUUAUUAAUGUUUGUCGUACUGUAAUGAUAAAAAGCUGAGACUUUUUCAUAGAACCGUGAACGUGAUAGAUACCUGAUCUGUUACAUAAUAUAUUUAAACCGUAGAAUUUCGAGCUUGUUUGAAUUAUUAACUGGGUAGAAAAAAAGACUAGUCAAAUCGACUGAUAGGCGACUAUAAAUAGCCUCUAAAAAGGUUCGUUGAAACGUAUAGCUAACAUAAAUAUAAAUAUAUUAAUUAAUUUGAUGAUUCUGAGGCGCUAAUCGUCUUGGAUUAAAAAUUUAUAUAUCCAAGCUUUGAAACGUUAAAAUGCUUAGAGUGUACUUAACUUGGAUAUCAUGUAACCAUAAGCAUAAAUUACACUGUAGACAAACUGUAAAAUAUCGAGGCAGUAAAUUUAAACUAUGAAGAACAUCCGAUAUGGUUGUUAGAUUGUUAGAUUCAGUAGUUGCAUAGAUACUAUAUAGAAAAAAAAACUAAUAAUAUUAUUUUUUUCCUUUUUUAAUAACAAAAAUUUAUACCAUACCUGUGCUACAAGGCCAGGUUUGCAUGCUGUGUGGACUAUAGAAACGUCAAAUCAACAACCGCAAAAUACUAAGAGUGAACAAAUAAACAAUAAAUACUUUACGUAAUAUAAUACUUAUAAUAACUAAAACAUGACAUACGUAUAAUGAGGGCAAUUCCGAGUACAGUGAAUUAAAUCUCUAUAAUUUAAAUUUUUUACAAAUCGUUUUGUAGGUCAGAAAAUAAUAAUUCAAAAAAAUUGAAAAUAUUUCAGUGAAAGGAACACAAGAGUAUUUUAGGAAACGCCACCUCCUAAAAUAUUCUUGAAAAAUAUCCAUCGGAUUUUUUUAAUCGCAGUGAUCGCACGUGGUACACAACAAAACGGAAAUACUCGCGGAAUCGUAGAAUCGAUUAAACGAAUGAAUGGCUAGACCUGAGCCAGGAAUUUACUGCAUUCCACAUUCUAUACACAUACAUGCACUCCCGAUCAAAUACCUCUGACCUUUUCUAUGUUCGUUGAAUAAUUCAGAGACAUCCCUUUGUGACGAUGCACCUGCGUUCAGUUUAGAACUGCAAUACACAAAAUCAUCUGCGGUCUGUACAAACGGAACACUAUAGGAUACCAUUGAUUUUUUUUUUACCAUAGGAGAAUAAUUUAUCGUACGCCCACAAUGUAAUAAAUGCAAUAUUGUAAUCACUUAAUGUUGUACUUGAUUAUAAAAUAAGAUGAAAUAUGAUGGUAUAUAACUAUGUAAUACGUAUAUGAUAUGGUAAAUAACUGUACGCUAGAUAUACAUAAUAAUUGUUGUUGAAAAAUAAAAUAUAUAUAUUUUGUACAUCGCAUCUGAACUGCUGCCACAGCCAUAGGUGGCAGUUCAGGCCUUGUUGAUCUAUGCUAAUGAUAUUAAUGAUGAUGAUGAUAAUGAUAACGAUAGUAAGUAAUGAUAAUAAUCAAGUACGUAGAAUUUAUGAAGUGCGUUUAUUGCAAACGUAUAGAUUGAUAUAAUGAAUAUAAUGUAUUAAAUAAUCUAAAUGAUCGUAAUAUGCUUCAACGUCUGUGCUUAUCCAAGAGCCAUAUUGGUGAAGCACUCGUAACUUGAUGUAUCGCGCAAUUAGUGUGAAUUGUGAUAUUAAUUUAUACGUUAAUUAAUCAAAACAAUUGUAUUUUAAGUUUUAAAUGCCACUUUGUAUCAUACAUACACAGCACAACGUGAUAACGAUAAGCCAAACAUAAUAUCAGAUUACAUUAUUUCAUAUAAUAAUUAUUAAUCUUCUUUCAACAUAUUUUUCAAAAUUAUUAACAGCAUUCCGUGAUUGUCGUCAUUGUAAAGGUGUUAUACAAUAAAAUUUGUUUGUUUCUUAAACCAAUAAUAUAGAAUAUUGUUUGUUGUCUUUGCAGAUCGCUCAUUAUUCUUGUAGUCCUGCCAAUGCUCCAGAGCUCUGGUUAUAGCGCGUUGGUUUGAACGAGCGAGACUACCUGCGGACUUUUAGUCAAGUAGCGAAUUAUUUUUCAUUGUUUCGUCAAGAUAAAUGUAUGGUAAAAGUAUGUUAAAAAUAUUUUUUUAGUACGUAUCAGCCUAUUGUUGUAAAAAUUUCAUCGGUAAUGAGUAAGUUUUUUAAUACUUUAGAAUAUAUUUUGACAA